UCAUCUCAAUAUUUGUGCCCAUCCGCUCAGCAGGCAGCUUCGCCACUCGGCCAGCCCGAUCAACACUCAGUCCGAAGGGCCAGGGGACACAAAGGGGCAGUAGCCAGAGAGCAAGGGGGACAGGAAGCCGCUGACACCUAUUCGCAUACACAACACGGAUACAAAUAUCUUUUUCUAUCUUAUAUUUUUCAAAUUUUGAUCGCAAAAUAACCGAGGAAGGCAGAGAGAUCGGACUGUCCGGCCCUCCCCACUUCCUAUUGCCUGCAUGUAUUUACUGUCCCCAGGCUCCUGCUCAGCCCUUGCAUACGGCAAGAAGCCAGGCCCACAAGGAGAGCAGCACAAGGCACAGCUACAGCAACAGCUUCUGAUCCGGGGCAACAGCGCGCUGAAUGCAGAUUCCAACAGCACACGCCAAAAAGGCUGGGGGCAGGAGGCCGGCUAUUUUACCAAGACUAACAGGGAUGCCAAAAGAAAAAUAUGACCCUCCUGAUCCUCGCAGAAUUUAUACCAUCAUGUCGGCAGAGGAGGUGGCCAACGGGAAGAAGUCUCACUGGGAUGAAUUGGAGAUUUCUGGUAGGGUGCGGAGCUUGAGUCAGUCGCUCUGGUCCCUGACACACUUGACUGUGCUACACCUCAGUGAUAAUAACCUCUCUCGUAUUCCACCUGAUAUUGCCAAGCUCCACAAUCUGGUUUAUUUGGACCUUUCCUCCAAUAAACUCAGAAGUUUACCAGCAGAGCUAGGGAAUGUAGUGUCUCUCAGGGAAUUGCUUUUAAAUAACAAUCUGUUACGGGUUUUACCUUAUGAACUGGGGCGGUUGUUUAGGCUUCAGAACCUGGGGUUAAAAGGUAAUCCUUUAUCACAGGACAUCCUCAGUCUCUAUCAAGAACCAGAUGGUAUCCGAAAGCUACUGAAUUACAUGCUUGACAAUCUUGCAGUUCAUCCAGAACAGCUUCCUCAGAGGCCGUGGAUUGCAUUAAAAGAACGAGACCAAAUUCUUCCCUCAGUUUCAUUCACAGUAAUGUGCUACAACGUAUUGUGCGAUAAAUAUGCUACUCGGCAGCUCUAUGGCUACUGCCCUUCCUGGGCGCUAAACUGGGAGUACAGGAAGAAAGGAAUCAUGGAUGAGAUAGUCAGCUGUGAUGCAGAUAUAAUCAGUCUUCAGGAAGUGGAAACCGAGCAAUACUACGCCCUUUUCCUGCCAGCAUUAAAGGAACGUGGAUAUGAUGGCUUCUUCUCUCCAAAGUCACGUGCCAAAAUAAUGUCUGAACAAGAGCGGAAGCAUGUAGAUGGUUGUGCAAUAUUCUUCAGAACCGACAAAUUUUCUCUGGUGCAGAAGCACACGGUGGAAUUUAACCAGGUGGCCAUGGCAAAUUCUGAAGGGUCAGAAGCCAUGCUGAACAGGGUGAUGACGAAGGACAACAUAGGUGUUACGGUGCUGCUGGAGAUCCACAAAGACCUUCCUGGGGGAGGGAUGAAGUCCCACCACUCAGAAAAGCAGCUGCUUAUGGUCGCCAAUGCCCAUAUGCACUGGGACCCAGAGUACUCGGACGUCAAGCUUAUCCAGACCAUGAUGUUUGUUUCUGAGUUGAAAAGCAUUAUCGAGAAAGCGGCAAUCCGGCCUGGGAGUCCCACACCGGACCCAAACUCUAUCCCCUUUGUGUUGUGUGCGGAUCUUAACUCCUUACCGGAUUCAGGUGUUGUGGAAUAUCUGACAAACGGGGUUGUAGCUGACAAUCACAAAGACUUUAAGGAGCUGCGCUACAAUGAGUGUCUCACGAACUUCAGCUGCAACGGGAAGAACGGAACCCCAGAUGGAAGAAUUACGCAUGGCUUCCAGCUAAGGAGCGCCUACGAAAACAACUUGAUGCCUUACACCAAUUACACCUUUGACUUUAAGGGUGUCAUUGACUACAUCUUCUAUUCCAAGACACACAUGGACGUGCUCGGCGUCCUGGGGCCUUUAGAUCCUCAGUGGAUGGCGGAAAAUAACAUCACCGGCUGCCCCCACCCCCAUAUUCCCUCUGACCACUUCUCACUGUUAACACAGCUGGAACUCCAUCCUCCACUUCUGCCUCUUAUGAACGGGGUACACCUGCCAAGCAGGAGGUAGUGUCGGCUUACACCUGGGCACUUGUUCUCAUGGACCUGUACAGCUGUAAAAGCAAGUCCGUAGGAGUGAAUUAUGGCCAACCUUGAGCUGCAUUCUCUCAGCUCCCCUUCAGUCAAUGUCGUCGUUCUGCGUUUUUGUUGCAGGGAGGCAAUUUUUGGCAUUAGGGCUGGUACAAAAUCUGUCCUCAACCCAACUGUUUAACUCUUUAAAAAAAAUUCCAUCUUACGAGUAUGCCUAGUGGUUUCCUUUGACUUCUCACAAAUGUAAAACUGCUCACCGCUUUCCUUUCUGGUUUAAUUUCUGCCCAAUGUUUGGUUGUCCUUUGCAGAGGGUGCUGUGCCACUUGGUUACACAUCCUCUCCUUGGUCUUAUCCAGCUCAGUAAUGUAUAACUUUGUACAGAUCAAGCACAAUUUGGCAUAUUGUUCCUUUAUUUGUAGAUCACCUAAUGUUCCUUGAAUGUAUAAGUGAGGGUUGGCUAACAUCAUACUGUAGGAUGACCACUUUUGUUUUGUGUUUUUAACUUUUAUAAUAUGUGACACUUCAUUGCCCCUGGGCUGUGAAAAGAACGAGAAACCCAAAGCUUCUUGUAUUUUGGCACCUUGUAAAUUUGCAACGUUUACGGUCUGAUCGUGUUGCUUGCCCUUCUUGAACCUUUAUGCCCCUUACGUUGAAAAGGCUUUCUUUGUGGACACAUGAGGUCCUAAUCCAGUUAUUUUUAAACGAAAAUGUGUAUAGUCUACUUACAGGCAAUAAUUUUUGAUGCUAGAUUUCUCAUUCAUAUUAGAGAAGAUGUUCUGCAAUAAAUUGGAACACCCUGAAUGGCCAAGAUGGCAGGAGACAAAAAGCAGUUGAGCUUUUGCCACGUAACAGCAGCAUUUUGGUGGUCCCUGGUUAUCCUUAUGGCGCCAUGAAGCCAAAGAUAUACAAUUUCUUAUUUCUAAUAUCACCCUAUAUAAUCCGUAUUCUUGGUUUCAUUGCCCCCACUUUUAAUGGCUCUCUGCAAUCCCUAAGCUUUAAAAAGUGCAGUAAAGGGACUUAAUAUAGUAGCAUGUUCUGUCACUUUAAAAGUCUUGGUCAGUACAUCAAGUUGCAGUAGAUGAAAUACUAAAUUGUCUGUGUAUAUUCUUACAGGCCUUGUUGACUUGCCUGGUUAUGAAGGGGUACAUGGAAACUUGAUGGGGUUAUUUCGUUAUGGUGAGUGAUAGGCGGCAUUACACUGCCUUGGGAGGCUCUUUAGGUGGAAACAUCAUUGUGGGUUUUUUUCUUCUCUGCUGCUACCUUUUUUAUGGUGUCUGACUUUUUUUAAAAAAAAAAUCAAUGCACUUUACUGCUUCAUACCUCCCAUUAUGAUCAUCUUACGUGAGCCUUUUUUAAUAUGGCAUCAAUUUUCGAAUGAAAUGUCUCAAGCUGUUAAAGGGAACCAUGUUCAGCAUGUGUAAUUAAAUCCUAAAAGAUAUAAAUGCUGCUGUUGCUUUGGGAUAACAUGUUUUCGUUUUUAAUGAUCUUCUGUCUGCCAAGGUUUUCAGGGGAUGGAAAAGUGUCACAAAGGGUUGGUAGUUUUUGGCCAGAUGUGAAGGUAAUGCAUAAAAAGAAUAGAUCGCUUUUUGCAUUUACCUUUUCUCCAAAAUUCCGUAAGUGCCUCUGUGAAUGCAGAGGUAACAGGUUCCUCUCUUGAAAUCUCACUCAAGACCUACCCGCAGUUUACAAUAACAAGUAAAAAAAAAAAAA